CUCGGGCUCAGCCCGCGACAGCCUUGCCUCAGUCCUGGGAGCGGAGCCCAGAGCGCAGCAGCCGAGGGCGCCUCGGAGUCCGCGCCCAGGGUCCCGCCCCGACGCACCGCGCCCGCAGUGUCCACUGUGCCCGCUGCUUCACGGACUGGCAUGGAGCGGCCGGGUUGAGCGCCGCACCUCACCGCCAAGACCCGCCACUCUCCAGGCGCGGCCCCUGAGCGCACCGGCGAUGGCGAAGGCGACGUCCGGCGCCGCGGGGCUGCGGCUGUUGCUGCUGCUACCGCUGCUGGGCGAAGCUCCCCUGGGCCUCUACUUCUCUAGAGAUGCUUACUGGGAGAGGCUGUAUGUGGACCAGCCAGCUGGCACGCCCCUGCUCUAUGUCCAUGCCCUCCGAGACGCCCCUGGAGAGGUGCCCAGCUUUCACCUGGGCCAGCACCUCCAUGGCUUCCAUCGCCCACGGCUGCAUGAGAAUAACUGGAUCCGUGUCCAGGAGGAUACUGGCCUUGUCUACCUCAACCAGAGCCUGGACCACACUUCCUGGGAGAAGCUCAGCAUUCGCAAUGGUGGCUUCCCCCUGCUCACCAUCUUCCUCCAGGUCUUCCUGUCAUCCACACCCCUGCGUGAAAGUGAGUGCCAGUGGCCGGGUUGUGCCCGCGUGUACUUCUCCUUCUACAACACCUCCUUCCCAGCCUGCAGCUCCCUCAAACCCAGAGAGCUGUGCUUCCCUGAGACGGGCCUCUCCUUCCGCAUCCGGGAAAACAGGCCCCCUGGUACCUUCCAUCAGUUCCGCCUGCUGCCUGUGCAGUUCUUUUGCCCUAACAUCAGUGUGGCCUACAGGCUUCUGGAAGGUGAGAGUCUGCCCUUCCGCUGUGCUCCGGACAGCCUAGAGGUGAGCACGCGCUGGGCCCUGGAUCGUGAGCAGCAGGAGAAAUACGAUCUGGUCGCCCAGUGCACCGUGCGCAUUGGAAAGCAUGAGGAGGAGGUGAUGGUGCCCUUCCCUGUGACCGUGUAUGAUGAAGACGACUCGGCCCCCACCUUCCCUGGAGGGGUGGACACCGCCAGUGCAGUGGUCAAAUUCAAGCGGAAGGAGGGCACCGUGGUAGCCACCCUCCGUGUCUUUGAUGCGGAUGUGGUGCCAGCAUCUGGGGAACUUGUAAGGCGGUACACCAACACGCUGCUCCCCGGGGACCCCUGGGCUCAGCAGAUCUUCCGCGUGGAGCAUUCGCCCAACGAGACCUUAGUCCAGGCCAAUGGCAGCUUCGUGCGGGCAACUGUGCAUGACUACAAGCUGGUUCUCAACCGGAGCAUCUCCAUCUCAGAGAACCGAUCCCUGCAGCUCACUGUGCUGGUCAAUGAUUCAGACUUCCAGGGUCCAGGGACAGGUGUUCUCCUCCUCCACUUCAAUGUGUCAGUGCUACCUGUCAUCCUACGCCUGCCCAGCACCUAUUCCUUCUCUGUAAACAAAGGGGCCCGCCAUUAUGCCCAGAUUGGGAAAGUCUGUGUGGAAAACUGCCAGGAAUUCAGCGGCAUCCACGUCCAGUACAAGCUACAGCCAUCCAGCACCAACUGUAGUAUCCUGGGGGUGGUCACCUCCGCUGAGGACACCUCGGGGACACUGUUCGUGAACGACACGGAGACCCUGCAGCGGCCCGAGUGUGCCGAGCUCCAGUACACCGUGGUGGCCAGUGACCGGCAGGCCCGCAAGCAGGCCCAGGCCCCGCUGCUCCUCACGGUGGAGGGGACAUAUGUGACUGAGAAGGAAGGCUGCCCCCUAUCCUGUGCGGUCAACAAGAGGCGGUCUGAGUGUGAGGAGUGCGGUGGCCUGGGCUCUCCAACAGGCAGGUGUGAGUGGAGGCAAGGUGAUGGCAAAGGGAUCACCAGGAACUUCUCCACCUGCUCCCCCAACACCAAGACUUGCCCUGAUGGUCACUGUGAUGCCGUGGAGAAUCGGAAUAUCAACAUCUGCCCCCAAGACUGCCUCAGGGGCAGCAUUGUUGGGGGACAUGAGCCAGGGGAGCGCCGGGGCAUUAAAGCCGGCUACGGCAUCUGCAACUGCUUCCCUGAGAAGAAGAAGUGCUUCUGUGAGCCAGAGGACAGCCUGGGCCCAUUGUGUGAUGAGUUGUGUCGCACGGUGAUCGCAGCAGCUGUCCUCUUCUCCUUCAUCGUCUCAGUCCUGCUCUCCACCUUCUGCAUCCACCGCUACCACAAGCAUGCCCACAAACCAUCCAUUGCCUCUGCUGAGAUGACCUUCUGUCGGCCUGCCCAGGCCUUCCCGGUCAGCUACUCCUCCUCUGGUGCCCGCCGGCCCUCACUGGACUCCGUAGAGAACCAGGUCUCUGUGGAUGCCUUCAAGAUCCCGGAGGAUCCAAAGUGGGAAUUCCCUCGGAAGAACUUGGUUCUUGGAAAAACCCUGGGAGAAGGCGAAUUUGGAAAAGUAGUCAAGGCAACCGCAUUCCGUCUGAAGGGCAGAGCAGGGUACACCACUGUGGCUGUGAAGAUGCUGAAAGAGAAUGCCUCCCCCAGUGAGCUGCGGGACCUGCUGUCUGAAUUCAACCUCCUGAAGCAGGUCAACCACCCACAUGUCAUCAAGCUCUAUGGGGCCUGCAGCCAGGAUGGGCCACUCCUUCUCAUUGUGGAAUAUGCCAAGUAUGGCUCCCUGCGGGGUUUCCUCCGAGACAGCCGCAAAGUGGGGCCCGGCUACAUGGGCAGUGGAGGCAGCCGCAAUUCCAGCUCCUUGGACCACCCGGAUGAGCGGGCACUGACCAUGGGUGACCUCAUCUCCUUCGCCUGGCAGAUCUCAAGGGGCAUGCAGUAUCUGGCUGAGAUGAAGCUUGUCCAUCGGGACUUGGCAGCCAGAAAUAUCCUGGUUGCUGAGGGCCGGAAGAUGAAGAUUUCAGAUUUUGGGCUGUCUCGAGAUGUUUAUGAAGAGGAUUCUUACGUGAAGAGAAGCAAGGGCCGGAUUCCUGUCAAAUGGAUGGCAAUUGAGUCCCUUUUUGAUCAUAUCUACACCACUCAAAGUGAUGUGUGGUCCUUCGGGGUCCUACUGUGGGAGAUCGUGACCCUGGGGGGAAACCCCUACCCUGGGAUUCCUCCUGAGCGGCUCUUCAACCUUCUGAAGACAGGCCACCGGAUGGAGAGGCCAGACAACUGCAGUGAAGAGAUGUACCGUCUGAUGCUGCAGUGCUGGAAGCAAGAACCGGACAAGAGGCCAGUGUUUGCUGACAUCAGCAAAGACUUGGAGAAGAUGAUGGUCAAGAGCAGAGACUACUUGGACCUUGCUGCAUCCACCCCAUCUGAUUCAUUGCUGUAUGAUGAUGGCCUCUCAGAAGAGGAGACACCCCUGGUGGACUGUAAUAAUGCUCCCCUCUCUCGCACCCUCCCUUCCACAUGGAUUGAAAACAAACUCUAUGGCAUGUCAGACCCGAACUGGCCUGGAGAGAGUCCUGUACCACUCACGAGAGCCGAUGGCACUAACACUGGGUUUCCAAGAUAUGCAAAUGAUAGUGUAUAUGCUAACUGGAUGGUUUCACCCUCAGCGGCAAAAUUAAUGGACACGUUUGAUAGUUAACAUUUCUUUGCGAAAGGUAACGGAAUCAGGAGGGGAAGAAAUAUGCUGACAAUGGAAAGCCCACCGGCCCCUUUUUGUGUACAUCACACUGGCCAACCUAAGGUCAGUUUCUAGGUGGCAGACUCAUUUUCAGUAGUAUAUUGUAACUGAUUUCCAAAGUGGUUUUACUUCCAAUAGUUGGGGAUUUUCCCUCCUAACAGACAUGCCCCACUGGAAGAAUGUUCCGAGUCUUAGUGGUUAAAUAUUCCUUUCUCUUUGGCACCAGGCAGUGCCUCUGUUGGUCUGUGUCCAUCAUUAACCACCAUGCACUCUGUGUUCAUAUGUGUGGGUCUGCCACUUGCUACCUUGUAUAAGAAAUUGUACCCGAACUGUUUGAUUUUUCUGGUUGCCCAAACAAUACAACAAGGUUUAAACAUGAAGCACACACACCAAAAAAGGCAGUCUGAAAAAAACUGGCCAAAAUGACCUUUGUUCAAAAUGAGAGGCAGGUGGAGCCUGGGUGGUGGCAUCAAAGCUCCACCAGGGAUGUAGGGGAAAGGGGAACCUCAGGAUAGGCCUCGGCUCAACAUUUGAAAUCCUGAGAAUGGUUUUUAAAAAUCAUGUAGCCUUUUUUUAGGAAGAUAUUUAGUUUUAUCAUGAUUAAAAUGAUUAUCUUAGAUUUAGCACAAUGGAGAGAUUUGAUGCCGUCUUUGCUGUGUACAUGACGGCUUGAGGAAAAGGGCUCACCAGACAUAUUUGUCCCCACUGGACUUACUACACUGUCCUCAUAUGUCUGUACUGGGCGACCACUAUUCCUGGACCAGAACGGGAUGAAGAAAGAGAGCAUGGAGUGAGUGGAGUGUCCUCAGUCCCAAGAUUGCUGACAGCAGAGGUCUUUUGCUGUGAAUACCGCCAUCCUGCAGUGCACCCCACUGUCAAAAAUCAGCACCUCAUCUUCUGCAUUAGGAGUAGGUGGAGCUUGUGCACAUUUUAUUUGGUAUCUUAUCCACCCACUCCUAAAGGUACAGUGUGUUAAAAGUAGCAUUGACAGGAAACCAAGGACUGCUACACCUCGCUACAAUUCUGAUGUGAAGACAAUGUUUUGGCUCUUAUAGAGUUCAUGUGAAAAGGCACAUGGAUGGGCUCUUCCUGUGUUUGUCAUUUAAUGCUGCUAUAACAAGACAUUUUGGUUUCUUCAGUUCUGACCAUGACUCAUACAUAAGCUUCUCGUCAUUCUCCACCAGUAGAUUGUGGUCACAGACACUCAGCACUCCUCCAGGUUUGUGGGGGUGGCUCUUGGGAAGUCCCAGCAGCUCUUUUGGCUGUCCCAGCACUGUCACUUCACAGGAAAGGGUCGCAUUACCAAAACACUGCCUGGUCUUCAGACUUAAAGCACUGUGAUAGGACUUUUAAAUAGUCUCAGUAAAAUACUGUAUUUUGUAGGCAUUUAACAAACACAGUAAAAUUAUGGCACUUUGUGGCCAAGAAGGCUUGGAUGAGUAUGUGAUAGAGGCUUAUGGUAUUUGUGAGUACACAUGUGUACUCACACAUCUAGAGAGAGUUGGAAAAUGCUUAUUUGGACAUGUAACAUGGCUUUAAUUUGGGCCAUUUUUCAGAUAGACUGUGAGAACUUCCUUUACAAAUAUCUGUAGUAGUGGCAAACUUUUGGUUUUCUGAUGUGCUUAGUGAUAGUUUUAGUAAACGCAGAAAUAAGUAUAAACUCUCAAAUUAUUAAAAAUAAAAAUGCCUACAUAGUAAGUGUGAAUUGUUACAGCAGGUUUGUUCUCAUGGGAUAAGAACUGUGGGUCCAAACAGAUGAUGGGGAAUUAACACUUGACUAAUAACCAGUUGUCUGUCUAUUCCUGAAUUAUAAAAGUACCCCUACUUGUUAGUCCUAUCAGAUGAGAUUUUCAAAUACAUAAAUACAGAAGUUACUAAGUAUUAAGUAUUACCAAGUAUUAAGUAGCAAUCUGUCAGCUAUUAAAAUUUGUAAAAUCCAUUUAUGAAAAGUUAUUAAACCAUACCAUGUUAACUUGCU